GUCGAGGGCACAAUUUAAGUGGGGGCUAGGUGUGUGCUGGGGUGUACUUUGUGGGGCAAAUCGCGGGCCGGGGCCGCGCAGUUUCUCUGGGCGCGGUGCCGGCCCAGCGUGGGCGUGUCGGCGGGCGGUGCUGCCCGGCCCCGCGCAUCGCGGAUUGGGCGUGGGGAGGGAGCGAGGGCUGCUCGCUGCCGGAGAAAGUUUUGGGGAGGGGUGGAUAUUUUUUUCUUCCCCCAGUGCGAGGAAAGGGGGUUUGGUUUUGGGUUUGUUUUGUUUGCGCCGCUCCGCUCCUCGCCCGCUCGCUCGCUUUCUUCGCCUGGCCGUGGGUUCUGAGGACUUUUUUUAAUUUUCGGGGCUAUUUUUUUCUCUCUUUUUUUUUUUCGUCAUUUUUUGGUGGUUGGCUCUCCCUCCUCGCCCCUCCGGGAAGUGCUCCACCAGCCGCCUCUCGCCCCGCCAUCCCUCCCCAUGCGCCCGGGGCCGCAGGAAGCUCCGCGGAGCGCACCCGGGAGCUGAGCUGCGGAGCGGCGCGUCCCUUCCUCGGGCAGGAUGUACACGGCCGGGCUGGCUCCUUUCUACGCCUCCAACUUCAGCUUGUGGUCAGCGGCGUAUUGCUCCGCAUCGGGGCCGGCGGCCGGCGGCUGCUUCCCGCUGGACGGGGGGGCGCCCGCCAGCAAGGACCUGAAAUUCGGCAUCGACCGCAUUUUAUCGGCGGAGUUUGACCCCAAAGUCAAGGAAGGCAACACGCUGAGAGAUCUGACCUCCUUAUUAACUACCAGCCGCCAAACUGGGGUUCAUCUCCCCAACUUGCAGCCUUCCACCGGCCAGUUCUUCGCGUCUCUAGACCCCAUUAACGAGGCCUCUGCUAUCCUGGGUCCCUUAAACACAAACCCAAGGAGCUCAGUGCAGCACCAGUUUCAAGACACUUUUCCAGGUCCGUACGCCGUUCUAACCAAGGACACGCUGCCCCAGACGUACAAGAGGAAACGAUCCUGGUCCAGGGCGGUUUUUUCCAACCUGCAGAGGAAAGGUUUAGAAAAACGGUUCGAAAUCCAGAAGUAUGUCACCAAACCGGACAGGAAGCAACUGGCGGCGAUGCUGGGGCUGACAGAUGCUCAAGUAAGAACGGCUUCGGUUUUAUUUCAAACCUUACAUCCAGUUUAGGUGGAUACCAGAGGGCAGUGAGGUUUCAAAGGGUUUUCCCUUCCUUUAUCAUAAGCGGGGCUGUCUGAGGAGCUGCGCCUCCCCCCGAGCAUCUCUUGAGCCCAGGUUCCGCGGCAUACCGCGGCCCAGUGCAGAGUUUUCGCCUGCAUUUUGGCCACCGAGGAGCAGGCCGGGCAGAGAGAUGAGCGGGGCCAGGGCAGACCAUCAGUGUGCGCUUUACUGGAGUGCAAUUUGCUGUAGGAGGCAGUUUAGGGCAAAGGAAGUAGAAGCGAAAACAGUAUUCUUAAUGUCCCUUUUUUUUUUUUCCUUUUUGUUUUUAAUUUUUUUUUGUUCUAAAUCUUUCCUCGCGUUGUGAAAUCCCUCGUUCUGAGGAAGUGAAAACACUUCUUCAAACGGAAUCAUUAAACGCCACUCUGUAAUGAUUCCACUAUUGAGGGCCCGCAGCGCGCAGAAUUGUAUAACGCUGUGGUUUCUUGAGCAAAAUUUGGUUUCCUGGAAGAAGAAGUAGAAGGAGAGAGGAAAAAACCCAUCCAAACAUACAAAUAAACAAACACGGGGUGGGGUGUGCGCGGCAUUUAAAUACACAAAGUAGAAGGAGGAAAAAACAAAAGAAAGCCCUUCAGUGGUGUAAGGAAUGUGGGCAGCGGGAGGAGAGGACGGCGCCUCUUUCUCUGCCCGCGUUGCCGGUGCCGGUGGAAGGGGCAGGGCCGGGUGCGAUGCGGGAUGAGGUGCGGGGUGCGGGACGCGGUGCGGGG